GCUCCAGAGCCAGCUCAGAAGGGAAGACGCUGCUCCUAUCUGGUGCCUGUGAAUGCAGACAGCUGUGUGCACCGAAACCAUACACGCUGCUCCAGACAGCGUGUGUCUCUUUGCUUUCAGCACUGCACAGCGCAGGCAGGGUUUCCAACAGGACGAGGGAGAAGCAGCUCCCAUUUGUUCUUUUAACCAGGCACGCCAAUUGGAAGAAAGUUGGGUAAUUACUUGAGUCUGGGAUACUGGCCACAAAUAGAUGAUUCAAAGCCAGGGAACAGUCUCUGAAAGGGCCUGAGCCCGAUAUUCUUAGCCAGUAGGACAUGCUGAUAGCUGGAAGAGGAUGCUAAAAGUAGGCAGUCUCCGGAGCUGUGCAGCAUAUCAAGGCUAGGAGAGAAACUGUUGGCAACUCCUUGGGACCGUAUUCCCAUAAGGAAGAGCCCCAGAAGACAGAGAGAGCGUGCAAGAGAAAAUAAGGAAACACUGGAUACAAAAGCAAAGCGAUAGCCUGUAGCUGGUUCAGGACCAACCUUGCAGCAGGUGCCGCUCUGUUCUCAGACUAAAGGAGAGGCAGUGCUGGGGAAUAUACUGCAGGGCAUGAUCCUGCCCUGCCCAGGCUGGGGUUCAGCAGGUGGCCAAUUAGGGCCAUUCAAUCUCUAGGGUCCUUGAUGCUGUCUGGCUAGCCCUUCUCUGCUGUCUUCUGGCUGAGGAAGGAAAGCCCCAGAGCUCCCCACUCAGGUUCGUGGCCAACAGCAAAGGCAGGAAAAAAGAACAAGGGAAGGAGGGAUAAAGAAACUCCUCUGAGAAUGUCCGACCAGGAGAUCGAGGACUUUGAAGUGGACAAUCUGUCUGAUACGUCCCGGAUGAUCCCCAGCCUCCCUCCUUACGACAUGGACGACCAGCUUCUUCCCCUGGAGCCCCGGAGCACCUGCUGCUGCUGGGCUUGGACCCUGCUGAUCGUCACCACAAACUCUCUGGUCUUCCUCGUGAACUUGCUCCUGGUGGUCACCAUCUUUGCCAUCGUGCUGCUGCCGACGAUCGUGGUGGUGUACUUCGGCUUCCAGUGCCACUCCCGGGUGCUGCACUCCUCCGCCUACUACUGCAAAACCAUCCUGGACGACAACAGUUCCUCUGCCCUCAUCAUCCUCGGCUUCGUCAUCAUGUCCCCGCUCAUCGUGGUGGCCAUGGCCGUCUACUGCAGCCUGGCGCGGCGCCUCCGCCUCUUCCUAUGCUUCCAGCCCUACGCUCGGGCAGUCUACAAAGGGGUGAAGUGGCGCUGGUACGAGGAGGGAGGGCUGUGCAGCUGUGCCAAGGAGUGGAGCACUCAAGUCAAGGCCUGGGUAUGAGCUCGCUGCACCGGCUCCCCCAGCCCCCUCUCCCCCAAUACAUCCCCUCUUGGCACCUGCAAAGUCACCAUCUGGAGUCCUGGUAGGCACAGGCUCUCAGGGUCCUUCGGGACAGAGGAAUGAGCUGGGUCUGGAAUGAACCCCUGUCCUGUAGCUGUACCUAACCCUGUAACCCUCAGCAGGUUCUCCCCAUUGUGAUGGAAAGGCACCACAGCAUUUGGACAAAAGCGUGUCAAAGGGGCUCGCCCUCCUGCUGCUUACACAGGGCCAGUCAUGUCCUUGCUGGUACAGAAGAGACAGGACUCGCUGACAUAGAAAUGGGGAUACUUCACUGAGGCUGCUGGACCGGCCUGGUGGUUCUCCCUGGCUCCCAACUUUGUGUGGCUUGGUAUAAGAACACGGGAUCGCCUUACGUCAUGGACUAGACUGCGCAGUGAUGGAAGGGGCUGCUGACGGCGCUACGGGCACAAGGGAAAAUUAGCUGUGUGGUUAAAAAGCUGCAUCCUUUGUCCCAGAGAAGUGCCCCCUGUAAAACACACAUUCAGCCAGGAGGCGGUCCAUUGCGGACCCCCCACCUAGAAUCCUGUUGUGGCUGCACGGGUCUCUGACCCUGCAAAUGCACCUCUGAGUUUAGGCAUAUACAACGCUCAGGCGCCGUCACCUUGUUGUACUUUGACUAUAGCUGUCCCGCUUUGCACAGCUGCUCUUGUAGCAGGUUAUAAUGGUGACUGUUCCUUUUGUGAUUAGUAGGGACCAGGUGGCUUGGGGAAUCUCUGCCGGGCUGUGAGUACCUUCCCCCUAGGGUGCUGGCCUGUACCCUGCCUGCUUUGAUGCUGGUUAUUGAUAUCUGAUGGCCACACAAUGGCCUGCUAGACAUUGGGGAUUGUCCAGUGCAAUGUUUCUCAGACAGUGAGUCCCAACCUGCCACUGGGUCACGGGAAGGUUCUAGAUGGGUUAUGGAUCUGGUGCAGAGGGAGGGUUUGGGGGUGGAAGUGGGGAGCUGGAGAGCAAGCCCACCUCACAUUCACCCUGCAGUGCCUGGGACUGGCUCCCCACUCUUGGCAUUGAUGGCAGGGCAGCUGGGUCAGACUUGAGUGGCGCUGCGAUCUGGCAGAUAGGGUCACAGUGCCCGGAGCAGGGAGCUGGGCCCAGUCCUGCAGGAUAGCAACCAUUGCUGGAGGGUGAGUGCAGGCAGGGUUCACUCUCCACCCCCCACCAGCCUGGGGCCUCCCCUCCGCAUCUGGCCAGGAUUCAGUUUGGGACACUGAGGGACAAGGGUUGCUGUGGGUGGUCUGUGCCUCCUCGGGGGGUGGGGGAGAGGGACAAAGCAGCAGUGAGGACCUUGGCCUGUGAUUUUGGGCACCUCCCAUGAAUCUGGGCCUUUUGUAAACAUAAUGGUGGGUCUGAAAAACAGACAAAACGCAGUUGGUGGGUCACCAUAGUACAAAGUUUGGGAACCACUGGUCUGGUGGACAGGGCUUGGCAGUCAAAAGCCACUCCCGCAGCUGGCACUUGCUGACUCAUCUCGUGCCCAGUCUCCACAAACAGGCCAAGGGUUGAAUGGGCCACAGAGAUGACAUUCCCUGCCCCAGCGCAGAGCUAAGGCACAUCGGCAGGGCAGUGCAAGGGAUGCAGCCCUCACUGAUGUCCAGGAUGGACCUAUAGACACAAGGGGUUUCAUUCCUCAGGGCUCUCCGGCCAGCACCUUUCACCUGUAGUUUGGAGGGGUUUGUUUCUGGGGGAGGGAGACACACAAUCUAAAUCUAUCGAAGCAAGAGAUCCAUCCUGGGUUCCCAUCCUCACCCGGUACCGUAGAACUCACACAGGGCCCGGUUCGUUGCCCAGCAAUGUCAAUGGGAGUCUCUCCCUUGGCUUCAGCUGGCUUUGGACCAGGCCUGAGGAGGGCCUUUCUGAGCUGGAUGCCAUUGACCACUGGAAGCUGUGUAUUCCCAGUCGCCAUUGUUCUUCUGUCCACUGUAACUGCUUCAAUUGCUGAUGUGUAAAUAAACCCCACGCUGUGGGCUCCACCGUGGGGGCCACUCUGCAUUCGCUGUCUGAGCACCGGUGGUACAGGCUGUUCAUGCGUGAUGCCCAUUGUAAUGUGACUGGGCCAUUGGAGUCCCUCGCUGUGUAUUAAAGACUAAUUUAUGUAUUUUCC